AUGUGGCAAAUCGGACAGCAAGAAACCUGUCCAACCUCAGGCCCAUAUCAGGAGGCGCCAUCACAAAUCAUCCGUGCAUUUCUGGGUGUCUCCCUUCAGGCCUGGAAGUCUGGGUGUCUUUUCGAGUUGCCUCUCGCCGGAACAGAGUUCUUUGCCUCAGAACUAACGCGCCUACUCGCCUGGCUGGGUUCGGCUGAACCCGCCGGCCUGAAGAUUAAUCGUCAUCUGUCUACUUUGAUGAGCCGUUUCUUCCUCUCGCACGUGGCCGCAUGGAAAGCCUAUGUGGACUCUCUAAUAGGCGUCUUUGUGUUGGGCGCUAAUCGCAUCUACGCUGUGGCCCAUCACCUCUCGGUGACCUAUUCCUCCUUCUCCGUUCUCCUCAGUACUACGCCAAUCAUGAAUCGAGAAGACUACUGCGAGAAAGCCAAAGCUCUGCUUGAUGACAGAGAAUUCUACAGACCAGCACAAACCUCAGAAGCAAAAGCAGUAUCAAAUCAGUUGAAUAAGUUACUUGGAGAAUUCGAGCACCGGGAUGUGCUCACUGAGAACGAACGGCGCCUGAUGAAACCAACAGAUACUGCCCUCACUCGCUUCUAUGGUCUGCCAAAGAUCCAUAAGCCAAACUUCCCAUUGCGGCCGAUCGUCGCCUUCAAAGGCAGCCUUACCUAUAAUUUGACAAAAUGGAUGUACUCAAAACUAAAAUUCCUCCAAGACAACUCUGGUGCCUCAGCUUCCAAAUUCCUGGCAGACCUCCAUGGGCGAAGGAUUCAGUCAGAAGAAAUGAUGGUUUCCUUUUACGUGACAUCAUUAUUCGCAUCCAUUCCACCGGGUUUGGCACUAGACGUCUUGCGCAGGAAGCUUGAGGAACUGUAUGACGAAACACAGAGUUCGCUCAAGAUUGAACACCUCAUGAGGCUGUUCGAAUUUUUGCAAAAGAAAUUCUUCACCUUUGCAGGAGCGACUUAUGAACAGAUCAAGGGAACUCUGAUGGACUCUCCAAUCUCCGGUUUAAUAGCAGAAUUGGUCCUGCAAGAACUAGAAAAGAUUGCUUUCUCCCAACAGCUCCCGAUCUUUUGGCGCCAGGAACAUGCUGCAGAAUUUUCCUGA